CCAGAAAUUGAAUUUCAUGGUGACGGGCUUGCAGGAUAUCGACAAGUGCCGGCAGCAGCUUCACGACAUCAGCGUGCCCUUGGAAGUUUUUGAAUACAUAGAUCAAGGCCGCAAUCCUCAGCUUUACACUAAAGAGUGUCUGGAGCGAGCUUUGGCUAAAAAUGAGCAAGUAAAAGGAAAAAUUGACACGAUGAAGAAAUUUAAGAGUCUGUUAAUUCAAGAACUGACAAAGGUCUUCCCAGAAGACAUGGCAAAGUACAAAGCUAUUAGAGGAGAAGAUCCUCCUCCUUAAGCUGGCUUUGAUGGCUCAAAAAAAUACCAAUUCCAUAAACUGACACCACUCUAUAAAAUCAUUGAUUGGAGAGAGGGGGAAUCCAAGCCUUCGUGACAACUGUACCAAGAAUGGCAGUGAUGGACUGCAAAGGAGCUUGAUUGUUGAUGCUUCUGGUGAGAAGCUACUGCAUCUUCCCGAAGGCUUUUACUCAAAGGUUGCAGUUGAAACUUCCUGUGGUGAUCUAUUCUUCUUUCCCGGAAGGUUUUGGAGAUGUAAUUGCCCACAGGUCAUCAAUACAUAGCAUUUCCCACAACGUGCAUUUCCAGAGCAGAAAAUCAUGGGUUUUGUCUUCUGAAAAGUGUGCUCCUGGAUUGUGGGCUCAUCUGUUUUUAAGAGAAAUACAUUUAUCACACUUGAUUAUUCUUUCAUUUGUAAACUGCCUUUUUUUUUUUUUUUAUUACAGUAGAAACAAUUGACUGCUUCCAUCUUGCCAGAUUCUACUGAACAGGAGCCUGUCAAGGGCUGCAGUUCUCCUGUGUCAUAAUGAGUCACAGCCAAGAAAACCUCCAGAUAUUUUUGUUUUGCUCUGUGAGCUGCAGUGCAGGUGGCCGAGGACAUAGCAAGUGAGCAUAUUUGGGGACUAGCUCCUCAACAAUGUUAGUAUUUUGUAUAGUAUUUAAUGUAAGCUUUUGUUUAAUUCUGUUCUCUUUCUGUA